AUGUCGGGACCGCCGAGGGUAAGGUCGGCUAACACUGCAACGGAAAUGGAAGCGAGGUCGGUUCUGGGUCCGGCUGGGAACAAGGUCCCGACAAAACCGGCACCAAAAUCGACCAAAAAACAAGUCCAGCAAACACCUGAGGGAAAAGACAAAGAGAAGGUUAAAGAACUGUUAACUCCACAAAAGAAACCAACGCCGGCCCCUCAAUCGUUGACUUUGACUGCAUCGAUUUUGAGGCAGCAGGAAAGGAUGGCGGGGAAUUUUUCGAUGAGUCUGUCGUGCUUGUCGGACGGAGGAGCAUCGUCUUCAUCGGCAGGGUCGUCGUCGAGUGGGAUGACUGGCGGAGGAGGGCGGCGGGGUGGUAAACAUGGAAUCGGUGUUGGAGUGAGGAGGAAGCAAAGUGGGCCGAAAGGGGAGAAUGGGGUGAUUGUGGUGGAUUCAUGGGAAGGUGGUUGCUUGGAUAACAAGAAAAGAUGUGGAUGGGUCACAACCAAUUCGGAUCUUUGUUAUGUCGCUUUUCAUGAUGAAGAAUGGGGAGUUCCAGCUCAUGAUGACAAGAAACUGUUUGAAUUGCUCAGCUUAUCAGGUGCUUUGGCUGAACUGACAUGGCCUACCAUCCUUAGCAAAAGACAUUUGUUUAGGGACACCUUUCUGGAGUUUGAUCCAAGGGCUGUUUCUAAACUAAGUGAGAAAAAGAUAGGAGCUCCUGGAAGCCCUGCCAGCUCUCUGCUAUCAGAACUCAAGAUUCGAGGCAUCAUUGAAAAUGGACACCAAAUAUGCAAGGUAAUAGAUGAGUUUGGGUCAUUUGACAAGUACAUUUGGAGCUUCGUUAAUCACAAGCCAAUAGUUGGUCAAUUUCGGUACCCUCGGCAGGUUCCAGUCAAGAGUCCAAAAUCAGAGGUGAUAAGCAAAGACCUCAUCAGAAGAGGAUUCCGAAGCGUAGGGCCUACAGUUGUAUAUUCAUUCAUGCAAGUGGCUGGAUUGACUAAUGACCAUCUUAUGAGUUGCUUUAGGUUUCAAGAAUGCAUAACAGGGGUGGAAUCAAGGGGAAAAGUUAACAAUGAUGAAGCAAAUGAUGAAACUAAAAAAGUUGAGGAGACGACUGCCUUGGGAUAACUUGCCUGGACUCAGGGUUUCUAAGUAUAUAGUAUUUCAUCUGGUAUGGGGGUUUGGGAUGAGAGUUUGUAUUUUUCUUGUUUUUACUGUUAUUUGAUUGAGACCUUUCACACCAUUUGAAUAUGGUGGAUGAUGAUUGGUGUUGUGGGGGAAUGUUUUGUGUACAAAAUGUUUUCUUAUGUAGAAAAAAUAGGGGGAAACAUGUUGCAUAUCAUAAAUGCCAAUGGGACCUAUAUACGGUAGAAAUCUUCAUUUCAAGAAACUUUAACAACUUUGAAGAAGAAUUGUAAGAAUUGUCAUAUCAGGUGAGGCGGCUGAGAACAUCUUCAGCUUAGAAACUGGAAAAUCUUGGCAAUGCAAUCUGGCGUGGGACAUGGGUAAACGAAACGUGUUUUAGAAUAUGGACUGAUAAUUAAUGCUAAUGGUCCCGCUGUUUGUAAUUGUAACAAUAAUUAAUUGCUGUUUGUUUGUUUGUAUUUUUUUUUUAUGUUAUAUGUUUAUAUUAUAUAGAUUUUGAAUUUAUCCACGUAUUUGAGUUUGAGCUUAUAUAA